AUGAAUAAGUUGUUUUCACUCUUUGUACUUUCAAUGUUAUUUACAGUUUUGUUUGCACAGAAUGCUCCGGCUUCUUCUCCUAAGUCAUCGGUUACGGCGAAACCACCGUCUUCCGUUUCAGUUUCUCCGACAAAUUCUCCGGCAUCCCCUGCAAAGUCUCCAACUUUAUCUCCGCCUUCACAAACUCCGGCGGUUUCUCCAUCUGGGUCUGCGUCUACCCCACCGCCGGCAACAUCCCCACCGGCGAAGUCUCCGGCUGUUCAGCCACCGUCUUCGGUUUCACCAGCAAUCAGUCCUUCCAACAAUGUGUCUUCCACACCACCGGUUUCAUCUCCGGCGAGUUCUCCACCAACUGCAGCGGUGUCUCCGGUGAGUAGUCCGGUCGAGGCUCCAUCGGUUUCAUCUCCACCAGAGGCUUCUUCUGCAGGCAUUCCUUCAAGUUCGGCUACUCCGGCAGAUGCACCAGCGGCGACACUUCCUUCAAGUAAAUCCCCUGGAACUUCGCCGGCGAGUUCUUCGCCAGAGACUUCACAGGGUCCUGCUGCUGCAGAUGAUUCGGGUUCAAGGUCAAGUUUCGGGGCUCCGGUUGUUUUGAGCGGUUUGGCUCUUUGGAUAUCGUUGUCUUUCUGA